CGCCAGGUGUUUUGACUGAUUAAGAAGUAACGUGUGCACCACUCACGUUGAGGAGGGUUUCAGACGCAGUGUUGUUUUGAGGAACAACUGAACACCGGUCCUGAUGUCUGUCAUUCCUUUAUUUCUCCUCUCACUUACACUGAGGGGAAUUCGCACCGAAGGCAGCAACCACACCAAUCAAACGGAGCAUGAUGAAGAACACUACGCAUUGGCGGGGAUUCGCACCUUCAUCCCCGAGCUGGAGAUCAAGACGAGGAUCAUCGGUGGGAAGGAGGCGUGGGCCCACUCAUGGCCGUGGCAGGUUUCCCUCCGGUACGCCACCAUGCCGGCGUGUGGAGGCGCCAUCAUCGCCCCCUCGUGGGUCAUCACCGCGGCGCACUGUUUUCAGAGGUUUAAGACCGCCUCUUCUUGGAUGGUGAUGGCAGGAAAACAUGACCUGGGGAACCCGAAUGAGGCCUUUCAACAGCUCGUGCGCGUGUCCAGGAUCGUGACCCACCAGGGCUACAGCCGGCGCACCAAGGAGUUUGACGUGGCUCUGCUGAAGCUCCAGACGCCCCUGCGGUACGACGAGCACGUCAGGCCCAUCGAGAUCUGGAUGGACGACCUGCGGCCCGCCCUGAGCUGCUCCACCACCGGCUGGGGCUCCACCCGAGAGAAUGGUCCGCGGGUCAACCGGCUCCAGGAGGUCAACGUGAGUCUACUGCCGCUGGACAAGUGCAACCAGUUCUACCGCGGCCGCAUCCGGCCCACCAUGUUCUGCGCCGGGAGACCGGAGGGGGGCGUCGACGCCUGCCAGGGCGACUCCGGGGGCCCGCUGUCGUGCUUCACGGGGGAGCGGUACCGGCUGGGGGGCUUGGUGAGUUGGGGGGUGGGCUGUGGGCGGGUCCACCGGCCCGGCGUGUACACCAAGCUCCAGGACCACGCCCCCUGGGUCGCCGACGUCAUGAACAGUGAUCGAGUGAUGAUUUAUAGUGAUUCGGAAAGUGUCGGAAAAGGCGGCGGUCUCUCCUGCGGGGAGGCCCAGACUCCUGCCUGUCGCCUGGGCUCCCUCCCCGCCACGCUGGUGGCCGCCGGGGGGGAGGCCCUGGCGGACGGGGGGGGUGAGGUGGGGCCGGGCGGGGUCACGGAGGCCUGCCCCUACUCCUGGCCCUGGCAGGUGAGCCUGCAGUCGGAGGGCCGGCACUACUGCAGCGGGACCCUGAUCCACCGGCGCUGGGUGCUGGCGCCGCACCACUGCAACGCUAAGACGGGGGACAUGGUAGUGCUGGGGGUCCACGACCUGCGCUUCAUGGCGUCCCAGAGCGUGCCCGUGGACGAGGUGUUUGAGCAGGCCCAGGACGGCAGCUUCCCCCCCAGCAACGACCUCGCCCUGAUCCGCCUCAGCGAGCCGGCUCGUUCCGGCAUCCCUGUCUGUCUCCCUGACGACGACAUCGAGGUCGACGACAGCUGGACGUGUGUCACCACCGGCUGGGGACAAACCACAACAUUGGACAAGGUGAGCCCCCACUCGCUGCACCAGGCCACGGUGAGCCUGGUGAACCUCAUCGCCUGCCGGAGCAUCUGGGGGGGGGGCCUCAUCAAAGACACCCAUCUCUGCACCCACCCCGCUGCAGCCAUCCCCUGCAUGGGAGACGCGGGAGCCCCCCUGGUGUGCCAGAAGCACGGGGUGUACUUCCUGUUCGGCCUGGUCACAUGGGGCAGCCGGCGCUGUGACCUCAUCAGGCCGGCUGUGUUCUCCAGCAUCGCAGACGUCCAGCUGUGGAUCAGAGACACCACCGAGGACGUCUGAGUUUUAGAUCUGCGCCUGAAUAAAAACAUUUUAAAACCUUUA